AUGCCCAAUCUCAACCUCACUGGCAUCGUCGCAUCGCUAAGAUGCCUGGCAACACCUAGGACUCUGCUGCCCACCCUGCAUGGGCGAGAUAUACGGUGCGUCGAUUGGAAGGAACUUAGGCGGAAGGGAUACGUGGGCGUCGUGAUUGAUAAGGACAACUGUAUUACUAAGCCUUACCACGAUCAGCUGGUUCCAGAAUUACAGCAUGCCUGGCAGUCCUGCCUUGCCACAUUCGGCAACUCGGGAGUUCUACUCGUUGGCAACUCUGCGGGAACGGCUGAAGAUCCGUCUCUAAUCCACGCCGAAUCCGUUGCUCGUCAUCUUGGCGUGCCCGUCUUGGUGCAUGAGACUAAAAAACCUGGCCAAAAAGUCGUCAAAGCAAUCCACAAAUACUUUACCGCUGACUAUCGACUCGUUCCUGUGAUUUAUCCCUCACACUCAUCCAUGUACGGUCCGCGCCUUCCUUCUCGAAGUCGGGCUGAUCCGACACCCCUCAAGUUGAUGGUCAUCGGCGAUCGAGUGACGACCGAUAUCAUCUUAGCCUCUCGCUUACGCGCGUUUCUACAAACCCAUCAAUCCUCCUCGAAUUCCUCUUCUGGCGAAUCGAACCCAGUUUGUUCCGUGCUCACUCAAAACAUCUGGCAGAAAGAGAAACUGGGUACUCGGUUUAUGAGAUGGGCUGAAAAUCGAGCGUUGAAACUCGUCAUACAAUAUUCCCAUCAAAAUUCAUCAAUGAAUGGAAGCGAGCCAUCCUCAUCACGAAAGCUUCCCAAUCUCACCUUGUCACCAGAACGGAUUUCCCAGACAUUUGAGCAAUCCCUGUCCUCUGCGGCUCGGACGAGCCAGCAGCCGCCCUCGACUAUUAUCCAGAACGUUUUGGUGAUAGUACAAGACAGGAUCGCUUGUCAACGGGAUAAACUAUUGGCUCGCUGCAGAGCAGUAUUGAUAGAACUCACGAUCGCUUCGCGGCGAUUCAUGAUCACCACCCUUGCAAAACUGAAAAACAGAGCAGUCGACGCACUCGUUCAAUCAGCACACAAACUUCGGCUGAAGCUCACACCACUAGAACCACUUGAUCCUACAUCGCUGGGUUUCAAGACCCCUUCGUUUUUCCAGAACUUGUCGAAAUGGAAACAGUUGAAAUAG